CCUCCUUAACGCACUGACAGUCCCGGGGUGUGUGUCGGCGUGUGUUUGUGUGAGCGUGUCCUCCUGCCUCCCUGCAUCUGACAGCGUCCCUCCCUCUUUCUCUCUGCUCCUCCUCUCUCUCAUUAGGCUUUUCGCCGGCAAAACACCGACACACUCCCUUUCCCUUCAGCCAAGGGAAUACACACGGAGCGGCGGCGGCGGCGGCAGGAGCAGGACUGACCACCCCCGGUGCGCACCAUCCAUGUUCCUCCCCUGGAUACUGUCUGGCAGGAGGGUUGGUGUUACUUGCUGAAACGAGAGAGGCAUUCCCCGAGUGUGAGGUGAAGAGAACGAGCUAAGGAGUCCUCCCAGACAGCAGGGGGCAGCAGCAGCAGGAGCAGCAGCAGGAGCAGGAGCAGGCAUGCAGGACUCAGCCUCUGACGGCAAGAUGGCCAAACAGGAACAGAACUCCAAGUAUCUGGAUGAACACAGGGAACCCGAUGACACGUCUGAGAAGACGUCCCCGAACAAGAACCUCAAGUCACCCCAGAAAGGCUCCAAACGCCUCAAAACGGCCCCCUUCAAAGUGACGCUGUUGGAUUCCUCUGAGUUCGAGGGAGAAAUUGAGAAACACUCCAAAGGACAGACCCUGAUGGACAGGGUGUGCGCGCACCUCAACUUGUUGGAGAAGGACUACUUUGGUCUGACCUUUUCCGACACAGAGAGCCAGAAGAACUGGUUGGACCCCUCCAAGGAGAUCAAGAAGCAGAUGCGCAACUCUCCGUGGCAUUUUGCCUUCGCUGUCAAGUUCUACCCUCCGGACCCCUCCCAGCUCACAGAGGACAUCACCAGAUACUACCUGUGUCUGCAGCUGAGGGAUGACAUGCUGUCAGGUCGACUGCCGUGCUCAUUCGUCACUCACGCCCUCCUGGGCUCCUACACCGUUCAGGCAGAGUUGGGAGACUACGACCAAGACGACCACGGCCCGGACUACGUCAGCGAUUUCCGCUUCGCGCCCAAUCAGACCCGCGAGCUGGAGGAGAGAGUGAUGGAGCUCCACCGAAACUACAAGGGGAUGACUCCAGCAGAGGCCGAGAUGAACUUCUUGGAGAACGCGAAGAAAUUGUCCAUGUACGGGGUAGACCUCCAUCACGCCAAGGAUUCUGAAGGGAUAGAGAUAAUGCUGGGAGUCUGUGCCAACGGGCUGCUGAUCUACCGUGAUAGGCUGAGGAUCAACCGCUUUGCCUGGCCCAAGAUCCUCAAGAUAUCGUACAAGAGGAGCAACUUCUACAUCAAGAUAAGGCCUGGGGAGUAUGAGCAGUUUGAAAGUACAAUCGGUUUUAAGCUUCCCAACCACAGAGCUGCCAAGAGGCUUUGGAAGGUCUGCAUUGAGCAUCACACUUUCUUCCGCUUGGUCUCUCCGGAGCCUCCUCCUAAGGGCUUCUUGGUGAUGGGUUCAAAGUUUCGUUACAGUGGAAGGACGCAGGCUCAAACCAGACAGGCCAGCGCUCUCAUAGACAGGCCCGCUCCUCACUUUGAGCGCUCCACCAGCAAGAGGUACCUGCUGUCCAGGAGCUUGGAUGGAGAGUUCUCACGUCCCGUCUCGUCCAUGUGUGAGAACCACGACGGCAUGUCCCACCGCAGUCACAGUGAACAGCGACGUCUCCACAGCCCCUCUGUGGACGAGCAGGAGACGGAGCUGGAGCCCAGUCUGGAGCAGGACGAGGAGGACAGGGACCACGAGCCGGCACGGGAAACGGACCAGGACCAGGACGAGGAUGGCGACGUCACACCGAGCAGAAAGAAAGAGAUCAUGGAGGAGGCUGGGUCACCAGUUGACAGUAAACAAGAGCUCUCUCAGUUGGACCAGGAGACCACUCCUCGGCACAAACAGGAGUUCCUGGACAAGUCGCAGGACGUCUUGCUGAAGCACCAGGCCAGCAUCAACGAGCUGAAGAGAGCCCUGAGGGAGCCCAACAGCAAGCUGAUGAACCGCGAGAAGCGUCUGUCAGCGACCUCCCCAACUGGCACACCAGAAAAGAAGGCUUUGGUGGGCCGGCCGAUGGUAAAGGACCCUGUUAACAGCCUGUCUGUUGAGGGUUUCGUCCAGAAGACUGUGGUGACUUCACCCGAGGGCUCUGAGGAGUGGGUAUUGAUUGAAAAACAAGAACCUUAUCAACAAGACCUUGACUGGAAGGCAGAAGAAAAGAACAAAUCUUUCCCAUCUGAUUCCUCGUGGGAGAAAAGGGAGCUGGAAAAAGAUAUAGAUGUUGCCAAGAUGAUACAUAAAGAGGUAACGGGGUAUGACAGAAAAGAAAUGAAAAGCCAUAUUGAUGAAUUUCCGUCAACAAAAUCGCCCAGAGAGGCAGACGCAUGCCCUGAGCCUUGGCGUUUUGUGAUUCCAUUGUCUGAGGAUGCCGGCCUGUUUCAAGACAAAUCUCAACGUAAACCUUCUCAUGCCUCAGGCCCUGAGGCUAACAAUGAUGUGGCCCCAGGCCCUCGUCAGAUAAAGGAACGCACGGCGUCUAAACCGAGGAAAAAGAGGAGACCCCAGAGCUUAAAUCUGGGAAUGCCCGCGGAGCUCAUCUACGAGAAAGCCGGCCGCGAUUCCAGCGGAGAAGAAGAAAACGAGGGCUCAGACUCAGACAACAAUUCGGAACAAACACUGAAGAAGGGAAGUCAUUGUGAGUCGCCCCCAGCGGUGAUGAUGAAAGAUGAUCUGGGAUUAGGAAAGGAUCAGUCUGAUAGGGUCUAUAAAGACAGCAAGCAAGACGAUAAAUAUGGGGAGAACAGGGAGGCCGCCACUCAAGGAACAGAGCAAGUGAAGAGAAAAGUGAACCAGACUGGGAGAGAAGAUGUGGAUCUAGGCUCAGUGAAUGGACCUGGAAAGAUAGAACAUGACAGUUCGUUAGCAGCUGUUAAAGGGGAGUGUGUGAUGAAGGUGCGAGGGAAGGGCCUCAUUGACAACAAAGAGCUAGCAGAGGUAAAACUGCGACAGGUCAGGACACAUGAGAGGAAGAUCAGUAGUUCUGGAGGAGAGGAUGUAGAGGGUUUCCUGGGCGACAGAGGUCAGAGGACGUCUUUCCACCGACUGUCGGGCAGCAGCUACCAGGCGGAAAUCACCAGGAUCGUUCCUCUCAAGCCGGAGCGGUCAAAGAGCGUAGCUGGUAAGGAUGAGAGGGACCAGGCGGGGCAGGACGAGCCAACGCGGGUCAUCAGGAGAGAGUACCGCUGGUCCGUCGGCUCUCCGGAGGGAUCCUCAGACCUCAGCUGGACAGAUGUCCCCGCCUUCCACCCAGCAUUCGCAGCAGACCUGGAGGACGGAGCUAAGACAGAACAUUCGGAGGAUAGCUUCCAGUCUGGCAGAGGGUACGCGGAGAGUCAGACGAUUGGUUCAAGGAUCUCAGCGCUUCCCAAAAUGGCUCCCCCAGCCCCGCCGGUGAAGACGCAGAAGGCCAGGGAGUCCGGGCUAAUACUGCGCAACAGCCGAAAUGCCGGCAGGGAGACGAACCUCGACUCGGCCAAGAAGAGACACUCGGAGCCCGUCUCCACCCCUGCCAUUUAUGAAGAGCCGUUUGCUGAUUUCAAGAAGGAGCUCGCGGAGAGAAGGCCUCAGCCGAGCGUAGCCUCGGAGGAGGAGCAGGAGAGGGACACGGUGGCUUGCAUGAGGGAAACCCACCUGGGCAUCGAGCGCAAGUGCUCCAGCAUGACGGUCAGCUCCACGUCCAGCCUGGAGGCCGAGGUCGACUUCACCGUCAUCACGGACCUCCACUCCGGCGUGGAGGACUUCUCUAAGGGCAUGUCGGAGCUGGGGGAGAGGGAGCGGCAGCCGGAGGUGGGCCGGGAGGACUUCGAGGAGACCUCCCGGUUCUACUCGGCCCGUCUGAUGGGCUCCAGGGACAAGUCUCCCAUGGAGGAGACGCUUCCCGAGGAGGGAAUGCAUCACCACCACCACCAUCAUCAUGAGCCUCCCGUGGCAAAGAAAGACCCCACCGCUGUGAGCGUGGCCCACAAACUGAAGAGGGCUGACACCAAGACGGAGACGCACACAAAUGGAUCGGAGGUCCACACCAACAUCAUGGACGUCUCACAACAGGACCACGGUGUCGUCAGCCCACGGGAGGCUCCUGCUGCCCUUAAAGAAAAUGGCUCCCCGGUAAAAGUCAGCAUCCAGGAGAGGGAGUCCGUCGUGUCGCCGCUGACCAUCACCGGGGAGAACGUCACCUCGGCAACCACAACACAAGUUACCAAGACUGUGAAAGGAGGCUACUCCGAGACCAGAAUCGAGAAAAGGAUUAUAAUCACAGGAGACGACGACGUGGACCAACAUCAGGCGCUCGCCAUGGCGAUCCAAGAGGCCAAGCAGCAGCAUCCUGACAUGCUGGUGACAAAAGCAGUGGUUAUCAGGGAAACAGAGUCUCCCACUGAGGAGCUGCAGCACAAAGCCGAGUCCUGAUCGGACGUGGCGGCCCCCGAGACUGGGGCGGGGGUGCACAGGAGAAGAUCCUCCAGCCGUGUGUCUCCUGCCCUGCCCUGCAGUACGCCACCAACCCAGUAAAGAGGACUAUCUACCCCACUGUGUACACACCGACGCAAGAGCAGGCUGCGUUCCAUGAAGCAGUAGACCUCCACUCCUGUCCCUUUAGACAAACCAACUGUGACGCGGCCCGUGACCCCCACCCAGCCUCCCGCUCAGUCCCGGCCAAUCCCAUCUUCCUCCACCUCCUCGUGGACCCAUAGAGAUGUCUUCUAUUGGAAAGAUUCAGCUUUUCUUGCAUAUUGUUAAACCCGACAUGAUUUAAACUCCCUCCCUUCGCAAAUUACUACUUCCUGUUUAAAGGCAAAAAAUAUCUGCCUCGUGUUUCUGUCACAUAUGAUGUGAAUGUAAGAGAAAAGGUGGGUUGGCUGAAAGUGUGGGGGCAGCGCUGGUGGCGUGGGUGGGGUGGGGAGGUGUCAAGUGGCGAGAGGCAGCCUUUUCGCUUGUUGUCGCCACCUCCCGGCCGUGACACCUUCAGUAUAAUCAACUGCUGUCUUAUUAGCUUUUUACAUUUUUAUCUAUAGAUGAUCUAAUUUAUGUUCAGUGUUUGCUUGUUUAUGAAAUAUGUAUAAUAUCAGAUGAUUAUAAUCUGCAUGGUUCGAUUAAAAAAAAAAAAUAAUUAAAAAAUAGCAGAGGGAAUGAAAACACAAUACUCGGACAUGUUCACAUUCGAAACCGAAAUGUCAUGAUGGAACCGAGGACCUGCUGAGAUAGCGCAAAGAACUCUGGGCCAAUAAGUCAUGGACUCAUAGAAAUGUUGACAGACUGUGCUGGAGAAUAUAAAGACACUUCCUUCAGUGGACAGCUGGAACGGGUCCCAGUCUCCAAACAUCCAAACAUCACAGUCCUUGUCCCGCUUCACUGUCACUGUUUCAUUUUGGUGUCAGCUCGCCAACGAUAUAAAUAGACGCUGGUCACACAGUCCGGGCAGAGGUUUAGGAUUUUUAGAGACAUUUUAAUAUAAUGUUACACUGUAUCUAAGAAUGCAAAUGUUUUGUUUUUUUGUUUUUUCUUACUUGAUUUUAAUGACUUCCAUUGUGAAUCGGUUUCUUUGAUAUUCCUGUGUUUUUGGACAUUUCAGUCUAAAUGUGUGAACAUGCUGUGACUUUCUUUUCUUCCCCCGCCCCCCUCCUCAACCUUCCCUGGAGAUCUCACAGCGUUAAAUCAGAGGGUUGUCAUCCGCAGCUAGAAAGUUAGUUCACCAGAUUGUGAUGAGUUGUGAAUGUGUCAGUAUCAUAAAUAUGGACGCUGCGUUCCCACUUCCUUGCAUUGGUCAAACUGAUGCUCGUUUCCCAGGGAUACAGGGCGGCGGCGCCAUCUUGCCAGUUUGUAGCCAGAGUCCGAUAUUGAUGACCUGCCAACACUUCCUCCUGACUCACUUUCGUUUAAUUAAUACUUGUUGGCAUGGCAACAGGAUGUCGCAUCCAACUAACCAAAAUGAAAAAACUGACAUUUGAACAUUCGUCAACAUUAUAUCAACCACAUAAAACAACAGAAACCAUCCUUAGAAAAUGUAUUUGACGUGUAUUUUAGUAUUUUAGAGACAAGAGACAAAAAGUCCCACCCACUAAAAUGGAGUGGGUGGAGCUUAUGGCCUACACUGCAGCCUCCAGCCACCAGGGGGAGCUCUACUUACUUACCUUACUUACUUUGACAUCACGUUUGAGGAGCUGUUCCGUCGUCCAUCUUUAUACAGUCUAUGGUGAAUAUUGGCAUCGUAGGCUUUGCUUCAAACUUUUUAAAAAUUACACACAUGUUUAGCCGCAACACUGACAUAGUUUCACCCGGUUAAAAGCUCACAGUCAAUGUUUUUAUUUGAAACCAGUUUUAAUUUGAAAUUCUGUCUAGGUCACAGAUUUUUUAUUUUUUUUUCUGAAAUGCUCCACUAUGUUAAACCUUUCUAACUUGUUUUGUGCGUUUGCUGUGCUCACUUCAUACAGACACAUCCCCCCCUUCUGUCAUUUUCACUAAUUCCUGAAAACGCCCUAGAGUUACAGAUUGUGACGUGUUUGGUGGUGUUUUCAGAAAUGACAAACGACUGAUGUUACCACCCGAACCCCAUCCAUUCGUCUUAUGUCCGAGCUGAAAGACUUCUCCUGGGUUUCCUUCCAGGCUCCACUGAGUCAUUUCACUCAUUUUAUUAAUAUAAAACUGUAUAAAUCAGCUUAAAGACUUUUUCCAGCUGCAUGUUUGCAAACACACGGCCUGAAAAGUUCAAAACCACACGAUCAACACAGAGACUUUUUCUUUUGUCUUUUUGUUGUCUUCUGUCGGAUUAACUCCUUUAAAGUUCUGCUGUUUGAGUUUGUACUUAUAUUUAUAGGAACGCCUCCGUGUUCCCCUUAGCAGACAAAGCCGAGGGCAUAUUGUGCGACGUACGCGGCCGGUGUGGACUGUCACGUGUAUCCAUAUAUCCUGGGUGACCUUUAAUACUAUACUAUGCAUAGUUUAUGAAACGUAAGAACCCCUCGGACUCACGUCGGCCUCGUCGUUGUUAGCGUUGUGCUGUUAAGCGAAGCGGUGAAGCGCACUGCUUGCGAGACUUGCAAUAAGCAGCCAUCACCCCCCGCCCCCCCUUCGCUCUAAAGGGAGAAAACUGUGAACUCUCAUGUGUACCGAAGCGUAACCAAAACCUGUAACACACACACACACACACAGUUGUAGAGUAACAUUCAAAAAGAAGCUUCUCCAACACUUGUGAUCAUGGCUCUUGUCGCGCUCAUCGUCUAAUCGACCUGCUGUAGAUGUGUCUGUGGAAGCAAACAGAUGAUUUGUAUAAUUUUCUCUCUCUUUUUUUUUUUUUUUUUUUUUUAUUUAAUUUAAUUUUAUCUGGUCAAACGACACUGGAGAGUUGUGAACGACAGCAGCACAUCUACUGUAAACUGCUGGGAAUGAGGACCUGCCUCUGCUGUAGGACAGGCCACGUUACUGACGGAGGGUUAAUAGUUGUAGGCAUAAGGAGAGAAGCUGAGGUGUUGAGACGGAGUAUGGACAGCCUGUAUUUUUUUAUAUUAAUAUACACUACCAGUCAAAGGUCAAGUCAAUGACUGGUAGGUAUAACUAUAUAUAUAUAUAUAUAUC